AUGUCAUAUAUUCAUUCUAAUAUCAUCAAAUCAACAAUCAAGUUUAACUAUUACAACUAUUUUUAUUUCAAUAUGUUUAAAUCAUCAAUUGCAGCUUUUUCUAUUAUUUUAUUUGUAUUUACAGUUGUUACAAAUGCUGGAAUUACUAGUGUAAUUCAAAAUGGUAAACAAUUAACAAUCAAUUAUCAACCAAUGACAUUGAUACUAUUUGAAGAAGAGCUUAUUUUCAAUGGAAUGGAUGUUAGUAUCAUACCAUAUUGCAAGGCUUUGUAUGGUUGGACUCCACUCGUUUGUAAUUUACCAAAUGUACCAGCUUGUGAUUCCAUUCGUAUCUAUGGUGCUACUGGUAUCGGUGGUUCAAACAUUGAAAUGGUUGCCAAUUUUAAUUGUACCAUUCGAAAAACGACCGACCCAUUUUCGUUACAUUCAUUCAUUCUAUUCCAACUAUCAGUAGUCUAUCACUUUUUGUUUGUUGGCCCUACUUUUAGAAUCCUUGGUUUCGAGGAUGCUCGCAAACCCUCUCAUAUAUGA